AUGCGAUUGCUUAGAUCAGCAGCACUGCUGUUAGUGCUGUCAACCGUUGCCGUCAUCGGAGCAGAUGAAUGGAGUUGGUUGCCAUUGGAGGAUGGCUUGCAGGGUGAGAACAAGGUGCGUGAGAAGCGUCAGGACGUCGGAGUGCUCCCAGGUUCCCAGCAGAACGUCACCGAGGUGGGCGAUGAGGACAUCCUGAACUUCAUCCUUGACAGCGGUCGUCAGGGUCGUAGUCUCGAAGGAUUCGACGAGGUGUACAGCGAUCCGACGGUACAGGACGCUUUGCAGAACGGAGACGACGCACAAGCACGUAACAUCAUCAAGGAGAAGUUGUGUACACUUGGUUUGAUGCAGUGUGACGGUUCUGACUCAAUCGAGGGCAAACGACCGUACUAUCCGAUCUACGCCCAACAGCAACCUCCCCGACCGAGACCUCCCGUUCGAGGACCUCCACUACCUCCACAGCAGUAUGCUCCACGACCACCACUACCUCCACCACCGCAGAACGCUCCACCAAGACCACAACAUCAGGGCCCAUAUGGACCUCCGAAACCGAUGCCAUUACCGAACCAGGCGCAACAUAAGGUCGGUUUCGCAGGAUAUCAGCAGAGACCGCCAUUCGGUGGACCUCCGAAUUCGUUCGCCGGACCGAGCUAUGCGUCAGCCUACCCGGGAAAACCCCUCGGACCGAUCUACGAAGGUGAUGCUCCACCAUUCGAGUUCGAACCGAUCGGAGCAGGUGAGAAGAUCUAUGAGAGUCCUCUGGCCAAACCGGGCAUCGUGCUGAACGACGGACCACUGGUUAAGCCAGUCGAACAACAUAUCCAUCAUCACUACCACCACAUUGACGGUGCAGCUGACUCGAAGACGGUGGUCGUCAACAACCCGGUUCCGGUGGGCGCAUCCGUGCUAAGUGGGUCCGUUGUCGGGGGUUCGUCCAGCUCGUCCGGAAGCUACAACACCGCUGGUUCAGGUCUUUACUCUGCUGGAGGUGUGUAUGGAUCUACGACGGGUCUAUCGGCGGGUAAUGGCUUUUCGCCUCUAUCCGGAGCAUCUGAUUUCGACUACAAAGAGCUGAAGGGCGUGAACAGCAACAACGGCUUUGGACAGUCGGGAAUAUACGCCUCCCAGUCGAAGCCCGUCUUUGAGGGAUCCUCGGUGACCUCGUUUGGUCAGGGAAGCGGUCAAGGAUCAAGCGGUUUGUACAACCAAGGACCUGCGCAGUUCGGUGGCAAUUCGCUGUACAGUGGUGAAUCGUCCGGAUCGUCUUACUUGGGUGGUAACGGAGGUGCUGGCUUUCACUCAUCCAAUCCGGGAUUGUACAAAAAGGAGCUGAACGUAAAAGGACCGUCCGCUUCGAACGGAUUAGGCACGUACGCGGGCAACAACUACAGCAAGUACAGCCAGUACAGCAACACAGGCGGUCAGUUCGGAUCGAAUGGAGGGCAAUUUGGAUCGAAUGGAGGUCAGUUUGGAUCGAACUCGGCCCAGUACAGCCAGUUCGGUAACGGUGGACUCAACAAUGGCAUCGAGGACUGCGUUUGUGUACCGUACGAUCAGUGUCCGGCGCAGGACGUGAUCGGACGCAAGGAUGACCUGAUUCUGCCGCUCGAUCCUCGCAACCUGAAGACGGACAUUGAAGCCGCAGCCGAUGAAGUCGUGAUUACGGACGGAAACGGCACGAUGACGGUGGUACGUGUGCCAAAGAACGCGACCACUGAGCUGGAUACGAAAACGAAGAAGAUCAGCAAACGAGAGGCCGCCACGGAUAAAUCGAAUGACGCCAAGGAGAAGGCCAACAUCGAACCGCGCCUGUUGGGGGGUGGUGGCGGUGGUGGUGGAGACAAGAAGGUGGUCCCCACCUUCGGCGUGUCCUUCGGACUGCCGUACCCGUCCGGCUACCCCCUCAACCCGUACGGGCCCCAUCCAGCCCCAAAUCCGUACUUCGGUUCGCUCAGCGCGAACGGAUUAAACCUGGGGCUGGUGAACGUAAAUCCGCUCCUGUCGCUGCAGGUCACAAAGGACGAGUACGGUGACAAGGUGUUGAAGCCGCUGGUCAACCUGCACGUCACUCCGACCGAGCACAUCGUGCACAAGCUCGGUGGUUUACUGGCAGCCAAAAAGCAGAAUAUAUACCACGUGUUCAAUCAGCACGAACACUACCAUAGCCACCAUGGCGGUGGGUAUCCGAGGCCCCCGCCUGUGUACCAUCCACACCACCUGUCCGGUCCACCGCCUCCAUACAUCGAUGGUCCGAUCCUUGCGCGUCCUCCACCCUUCGCUGGUCACGGUGGCCAUGUACCGGAGCUGAUCUACACAAAGCCUCCAGGACCCGUUUAUAAUGGUCCUUCCGGAUUUGGUCGGCCUCCGUAUGGAGGUCCGCCGUUUGGAGGACCGGUUGGACCUGGUUUUGGAGCACCGGUUGGUCCUGGCUUUGGUCCUCGGCCACCUUUCUUCCGAGAUGCAUCCACGGUCGGAAAGGGACCCGAUGAAGCGGGUUACUACGAUCCCGUGGAGGUCGGUCGUAGCACAAACGUGACGUUCGCCGAUGGGUCACCAUCUAAUGCGUACCGACCGGUCGGGAACUUCAAGUACCAAUCCGUUUACCCACAAAACGCCCCAGAUGCGGUUAACGCGAACCGGGCUCAAUACGGGCGCCAAUACGGGCAGCAGUACGGGCGACAGAACGUGCCAGAUUACGCGACUAACUCCGUUCGACUUCCACCCUCCGUUCCGACGCAGAAUGUGCCCACUCCGGCACCGGGAUACGCCGAGGGAAGUCCCACCAUUAGCUUCCCCAACAGCCGACGUCGUCGAGCUACGGACGUCAGCGUACCGGAUACGCUAGAGCCCGCCUCCGAGCAGGUGGAUUCACUCAAACAGGUCGAACCAGCGGCAACUCCGGCCGUGCAGGAAAAGUCUUUCUCCACCGAAAAGAGACAAGCUUACUAUGGACCACGGCCAGGUCAACCACAGCAACAGCAACAGCAGUGCAGUGGCCGUCAGGUGUGCUGUCGUCGACCAGUGUACCGAAACCCGCCAAACCAGAACCUGGGUAAAUGUGGCGUACGGAACGCUCAGGGCAUUAACGGACGCAUUAAGAACCCCGUGUACGUGGACGGUGACAGCGAGUUCGGCGAGUACCCGUGGCAGGUGGCCAUCCUGAAGAAGGACCCCAAGGAAUCGGUGUAUGUGUGUGGAGGCACCCUGAUCGACAACUUGUACAUCAUUACGGCGGCGCAUUGCGUGAAGACGUACAACGGAUUUGAUCUUCGCGUGCGGCUCGGCGAAUGGGACGUGAAUCACGAUGUCGAGUUCUACCCGUACAUCGAGCGGGAUGUCAUCUCGGUUCAGGUACAUCCGGAGUACUAUGCCGGCACGUUGGACAACGAUUUGGCAAUCCUGAAGAUGGAUCGCCCGGUGGAUCUGACCAGUGCCCCGCACAUUGCACCCGCCUGUCUACCCGACAAGCACACCGACUUCUCCGGUCAACGGUGUUGGACUACCGGCUGGGGUAAGGAUGCGUUCGGCGACUAUGGCAAAUACCAGAACAUCCUGAAGGAGGUGGACGUGCCCAUCGUGAAUCACUACCAGUGCCAGAAUCAGCUGCGCCAGACACGACUCGGGUUCUCGUACAACCUGAACCAGGGCUUCCUUUGUGCCGGUGGAGAAGAGGGCAAGGAUGCCUGCAAGGGCGAUGGCGGCGGUCCACUGGUGUGCGAACGUAAUGGCGUCUGGCAGGUGGUUGGCGUAGUGUCGUGGGGCAUUGGUUGCGGUCAGGCCAACGUGCCUGGAGUGUACGUGAAGGUGGCUCACUAUCUCGACUGGAUCAACCAGGUCCGGGGCCGGUUCUAGGAGCUGUUUCAGCAAUCUACCCCUUAUUUAUUGACACAGCUUAAUUUCUUAGAGUGUAGAACGAGCGCGAGAAAUAUAUCAGAAUCAGAAACGGUUACUGUCUACUGCUUCAGCUGGGUUCAGCUCUUACGAGGCCCAGCUGGAGUUAAAGUGUACGAUGCUAUGUGCAAGCAUUCGAUGGUAGGUGCGAGCUUUUGUGAGAUUUGUAAUGUGUAUGCUUAGUGAUAACGGAAAUCAACUCCCUUGCUGAUCAGAGGAAUAAAUUAUUUUAUUUAUUCUGCCGUUUUUUUGUAAAC